GGCAGGGCGCGCGCCUCUGCCGCUGCUUAUAAACUCAGACGGACUUCCUUAAACUCACUUUGCAUCGGAGCAGAGACGCACUCAGAUCGACAUCAGCAGUCAUGAGCUGGGACAGCUACAUCAGCAGCCUGACCCAGAGCGAGUGGGUGGAUGAUGCGGUCAUCCUCGGUGCAACACCGGGUCAGGAGUCCAUUUGGGCGUCAGCACCGGGAGGCUGGCUCUCGGGCGUAACGGCAGCAGAGGUUAAGGCAAUCCUCAACACAGACCGCGGGAAACUGUUUUGCAAUGGUGUGACUUUGGCCGGCAAGCGCUGCACUGUGGUGAGAGACGCUCUGUUUGUGGACGGUCAAUUCACGAUGGACGUCAAGAUGAAGACCUCCGAGAAAGAGCCCGACCCUUUCUCAUUGACCAUCGGCAAAUCUAUAAGCGCAUUAAUCAUUGCUAAAGGAGUAAAAGAUGCUCACGGAGGCAAAGUCAACCCACCCGUUUUCGACAUGGCUCUUUACCUCAGGAAGAUGAACAUGUGAACAGGCCCCCCCACCCAUCCGCUGACUCCGCCCACUGCACUGUUGGUCCAGCCGUUUCCAGCAUCCCGUUCUCCACACCAGAACAACCGAUCGAUCUGAGAUGCAGAAAACAAACAUGAGCUUGAGAAGCUCCACCUUCAUUACCUUUGUUUCAACAUUCCAGGAGUCUGAGAUCCUAACAGUGGAACACAAACUCUAGUUAAUAUCAAACUCAUUUCUUGGUUUUUGUAAUGAAUUAAAUUGAUUGAUUUUACGGUACUAUAGUAUUUUGGACAGGUGGAGCCUCAAGUCAAAAGGUUUUAGCAUUUGUUUGUUUAAUUGUCUAUGUGAAAUCCUACUGAACAAAGCCAAGAGUUGUGACUGCUAGAUGCCAAAUAAAGAGAUUAAUUUCUAUGGAGAAG